UUAAACAAGUAAACUUUGUUUUUUAUUACUUUCAUUUAAAAAUAUUCUUAACUAUGUUUUAAGAUUUAUAAUCUGUUGUGUUCUGACGAAGAACCAACUUGCUUUGAAAACAUUUCAAUUUUUUUACUUAUGGACUGUGUUUUCUAGGUGAUAUUGAAUCCGUACCCAUUGUUCCUAUUAAUAAUAAUCAUUAUACAGCUAUGGAAAAUAAUGAGUUUUUGCAGUUAUUAAAGACAUUUGGUUUUGUACCUCCUGCAUCAGAACAAGAAUCAUUCUGGCGUAUUCCAUCAAAUUUGGCAACUAGGCAGUUAGAAAUUAAUUUAGAACUACUUAACAAAGAAUUACAAGAUGGAGAUGAUGAUAAUAUUUCAUAUCAAAACAAUGAAAAAAAUGAAGCUAGAGAAAUAAAUUCUCCAGAAAGCAAGCAUAAUGAUGAUGAUACCCAAGAAGAAGCAGAAGAUGAAAUUAGUCAAGUAGAUGAAGUGAUGUGGAAAGAAGAUUCAAAAAGUCAACUAGCAAAUGAAUUCAGAAGAUACUUGGAUUCAGUUGAAUCUGAUGAAGAACUUGAAUUGCCAAGAAAAAAAUUUAAAGGAAGAAUAAUUGAAAGUGAUGAAGAUGAAUAAUCACUAUGUAUUUCUUCUUGGCAUACAUUUUAUAUUAUUUUUUUUUAAUUUAACAUAUACUGUAAUUAUUUUUUUAAAUUAUAAAACAAAAAAUUGUAGUCCUUUAUAAUGGAAAAUAAACUAUUAUUUUA